ACUGGAUUGGCUAAUUGUGGCUGAGAUGUCUAAACUCUCUUACGACGACAACUCGAGUUGAUUGAUAACGAUAACCUACCUGACUUUCCAACGUCCGUUUCUACGUUAACCGCCACUUAUCCGCAAUGAUAAUUCCUUGAUUGUGUAGAUGGCUCCCUUACCAAGUAGUGAGGGUAGUAUAGCCGAGAACAGUGCUGCUUUCGAUAUUAUCCAGCAUGGUCACAAAGAUCUAGUCCAAGCCAUAGCCUUCAACGCAUACGGCGAUAGAUGUGCGACCGGUAGUGUUGAUGGAAAGAUUCGAGUCUUCAAUCGACACCAAGAUGGCGUCUGGAGACUAUGUGACAACUGGAAGUCCCACGCCAGUGAAAUACUAGAGCUUCAAUGGCUCCCGCCGACUAUUUAUCCCAACUUGCUGGCUUCUCUUGGUAUAGAGGGCUGCUUUAGGCUAUGGGCUGAAGAUCCUUCCGCUGCUCCGGGAAGACGCUUCAGCGCGAGAGACGGGAACGGUAAGAAUGUGUCGGAGCUCAGAUCUGGCCGGUAUCCAUAUAGAUCCUUUUCAGUGAAGCAUGACGAGACAACGCGGUGCACCUACAUCGCUCUGCUUACUGCCGACGGCCAUCUCACCGUAUACGAAGGCGAGGAGCCCGAGACUUUGACAGAUUACGCCAAGUUCGAUGAUUUCCAGGCCUUCAGUAAACCUAAUCGAGGCGAGGAAACGUGUUUCAAGGUUCGCUUCGAUCCAAACCCUGAGCCUUGCUACACUGCUUUGAGAGCGGGCGUCCCGACGGAUGCCCUAAGCUUGGUAGUAUCCGGAUUAACUUCAGUAAAAAUCUACAGAACACGCGACACCGUUACCAGUUCUUUCGGCGCUGCCACCAGGGGCAGGGAAUUCUAUCUCGCCACUGAAAUCAAGGAACAUAACCACUUAAUUCGAGAUGUCGCCUGGGCUCCUGGAAAUUACAGAGGUUAUGACAUGAUCGCUACAGCUUGCCAAGAUGGCAUUUUAAGGGUAUUCCGAAUUGAUACACCCUUCAACAAGGAUGAUGGCAAAUCUUGGUCCCUGGCAGACAUCCUGGGCAAUACGAGAGCGGAGGAGAAUUCGGCUCCUAGAAGCAAUCAUCCCCGUCGACAAUCCCAAGUUCCUUCCGGCAUAGGAGCAGGGAUCGCCAAGUCCGAGACGCAUAGAGAACGGACUUCGACCGAUCUACCAGGACAGAUACAACAUACCGUCAAGGUGUUAUCUAAACUCACCCACCGAUCACCCAUCUGGAGGGUUGGAUUUGAUGAUGACGGCCAAAUCCUGGGAAGCGUUGGAGAUGAGGGAAAAUUAGUGUGCUACCGACAGUUACCUGACGGUACAUGGGCAAAGAGUUCGGAGUUAGGCAUGAUGAAGGCCAGAAUGACUGCGCCGCCCAUGAACCUGAGCUGAAUUGUCUCUACAGGUCGAAAACAGCUGGGAACCAACCGAGCUGUUGCUACGUUAGAUUCCCGUUCCAUGGCGCGUACGAAACCUCAUCUAACAUUCCACCGCAAACCACGGCCUUGAUCAGGCUUUGAUGGAUCUCCUUCCGGCCUAUCGGUACCUACAGCCUUGAUUACGCUCCCCUAGUUGCCUUUCGAGCCCAUUCGAUAGGUAGAUUUAUACCGUCUCG